GGCGGCGUCUGCAGCUGGAGUCCCGCGCUCGCUCGCCCGCGCGCUCGUUGAGACCGCGCGCGCUGGCCCGGGAGCCCCUCGCUGGAUUCGCGAGCGUCGCCCCUCCUGCCCCGAGCUCAUCCUCUUCCUCUCGCGCCGCCUGCAGCUGCCCCGGCGCGGGGAGCCGACAGGGCCCCGGGGCAGAAGGUAAAAACCCCACGGAAGAAACAUGAGGUUCCCCUGGAAAUCAUUCAAGAGGAAGAUGGAAGGGGCUGUCUAAAAAGAGAUUGAAAGCUGCAGACCGCAAGACUGGGGCCAGAGGGCUGGCAGUGGAAAACCCUGUUGGGUUGUGAUCUCUCAUUGAAAAGUCCCAGUUGCCUUUUUGCUUCCUGCAGGGGGAAGGAAGAGAAGGAGAAGACCAUGUCCAUAGCCUUGAAGCAGGUGUUCAACAAGGACAAGACCUUCCGGCCGAAGAGGAAAUUUGAACCUGGCACGCAGAGGUUUGAACUCCACAAACGGGCUCAGGCAUCCCUCAACUCAGGCGUGGACCUGAGGGCAGCUGUGCAGCUACCCAGCGGGGAGGACCAGAACGACUGGGUGGCGGUGCACGUGGUGGACUUCUUCAAUCGGAUCAACCUCAUCUACGGUACCAUCUGUGAGUUCUGCACUGAGCGGACCUGCCCUGUGAUGUCAGGGGGCCCCAAAUACGAGUAUCGGUGGCAGGAUGACCUCAAGUACAAGAAGCCGACUGCACUGCCAGCCCCCCAGUACAUGAACCUUCUCAUGGAUUGGAUUGAAGUCCAGAUCAACAAUGAGGACAUAUUUCCAACGUGUGUGGGUGUUCCCUUCCCAAAGAACUUCCUGCAGAUCUGCAAGAAGAUCCUGUGUCGCCUCUUCCGGGUCUUCGUACACGUCUACAUCCACCACUUUGACCGGGUCAUUGUGAUGGGCGCGGAGGCCCACGUCAACACCUGCUACAAACACUUCUAUUACUUCGUCACUGAGAUGAACCUCAUAGACCGCAAGGAGCUGGAGCCCUUGAAAGAGAUGACGAGCAGGAUGUGUCACUAACGCCCCAUCUUACCCUACGGAAGAAAGAGGAAAAGCUGUUUCCUCCUGGAGUCCCGGGCCGGCAGGAGGGAGACCUCCCUGGCUGAAAAGGCGCACCUACUUCCGGGAGCAGGCAUGCUGGAGACGGCGGUGACUCCUGAGAGAUGUUCCCCGCUCACCUCGUGUGCUCUUAACCGUCUGAGCGCUGCUAGCCGUGACCUGUGGACCUGGCCAGGAGAGAAGGACGGCCCCUCACCCAUCCUGGAGGAAGGAAGCCUCUGCACUUACAUGCGUGUCGCAGUUCUGCCUGUGACCUGCCACCUAAGCUUUACUGGAAUUCAGGUUUUGAGACUGAGAUACUUACCUGUACUUUUCCACUUACCUGUCUCGUCAGCCGGCUGCCUUUUCUGUAACGUGUUUUCUGAGUACCCAGUGAAUUUUGGAGCUCUGGACGCACAGCCAGUUUUUCUCUAACAAGCCUUCCUGUGCGGUCCCUGCAGGCUCUGGCCCUGAUGCCGUGGUCUUGGCUGGGAGGUCCGUCCCACAGCAUCAGUGCAGUUUCCCCCAUAAGCAGUUUGACCAGGGACCACUCCACGGGGUGGCUUGUCUUGCCCCAGAUAGGGUCUGCACACUUUCAUAGCAGGGAGGAGACUGGUCUCUAGCCUAAGGCUAACUAGUUACCAGUUCACCCUCAACAGAAUGUGCUUUUUAUAACCACACCAUUCCUUGUCUCUUCCGUUCAAGAUGUUUUUUUUCCCUGAUUUCCCCGAAGAGAGAAAUAAAAGGAAGUUAUAAAUGACCAAGAAUGAUCAGCAGACGCCCUGAGCCAAAUUAGUGCAGUGUUUGUUCCUUAUUAAAGGGUGUGGUGGCUAUCUUCGAACAAUACUGAAAUUUCAGUGGAAAAAAAAAACCCAACAAAAGUACAAUGGGUCAUUUGGUGCCUGUAGCUCAAAUGCCCCGCCCACUGAUUCUUAAUCGCCCCAGACGGCCCUCUGAGCUUCUAGAUCCAGCCGAUGUUUUCUUCCUCUUCCUCUGCGCUCUCCCUUCCUCUGCCUUAUGAUAUUAUGGCACAAAGUUAAUUUCUGCCCGGAGGAUGCUGGGGCCACAGUUGCCAAGGUAACGGUGGAGCUGGAGCCAACUUCCUUCUCCCAUCCUUCCCAGUGUUUCUAUCCCAGUAGACAGAAUCAUUCUGUGCUACAUCUGCCUUUUGAAAGCUAAGUGACUUUUAGCUGAAGCAAUGUUGCCUUCUCUGAUUCAUUCGCAAAACCGUGGUGGUCAUGAGAGCCUAUGACUAGGGGGUGAUGAUACUUGCAGUGAGCAUUUGAAUUCGACAAAAUAGCAGUUGGUGGAGGGAUGUAGAUAAGAAUGUAUUAGGGCAUUUCAAUGUAAUACUGAUUAAAGAAUAACUCAACAGCUCUGAUUUUGUUUCAUUGCAUGUAAUGUGUUAAAACCAUUUGGAGCUGCUGCGAGAGCCUAGAAAGGCAUGAAGUCUUUCUUGGUCCAAACAGAAAGGGUCAACUGUCUGGGCACCGUGGCAUUCUGUGUUGACCUAACCCGGCAAACCGACCCUUGCUUUGUAUCUCGUCAAAGUUGUCUCAUGGAAUCCAAGUGCUGCUACCUCUCUCCAUAUUGUUGCGCUCUGAUCAACAACAAACGUACCUUUUUUGCUUUUUGGUUUUUUGCUUCCUAAGUAACUUCGAGAGGACAAGAUAGGCGAAGAUUUUUCUCAGCACCAUUUUUGGCUGAAAGGAUAUCUGACUGUCCUAAGCAUCUGGAGAUCAGACAAAUGAGCCCGUCUUCCCGACCCGUGCACGAUGCAGUUAGUGCCACGUGGGAGUGUUGAGCAGUGAGACAGAGAAAUGACAGCAUGGAGCCCAGGCCCUGGGAGGAACUCUGAAGCUCUGCACAAUGGAAAACACAGGAGUUUUGCAUUAAAAAGUUGACUAAGUUGGGCUUCCCUGGUGGCGCAGUGGUUGAGAGUCCGCCUGCCAAUGCAGGGGACGCGGGCUCGUGCCCCGGUCCGGGAAGAUCCCACAUGCCGCGGAGCCUCUGGGCCCAUGAGCCAUGGCCGCUGAGCCUGCGUGUCCGGAGCCUGUGCUCCGCAACGGGAGAGGCCACAACAGUGAGAGGCCCGCGUACCGCAAAAAAAAAAAAAAAAAAAAAAAGUGGACUAAGUUCCGGUAUUUCAAUAAUGCCUGAUCAAGUAGGAUGCUGGACUCUGAAGACUUCUGUUAUGAAGUCUUUUGAAGGUUAUUUUCUGUUAACUGUUUGUGCAUAUGCAAUUUCCACUCAAUUAAAAAAAAAAUCCAGAGUUUUUUAAAACUUCUUGGAACAAUUUCCCCCUGGUUGUAUUGCUCGCUGCGCUAAUCGGCACUUCUAGGGUAAGUGCUGGCAAACCACUCUUACGUUUUAAUUACAGACUGUUCCUAUUCCCGUAGAACUUUGUUUGGCAAAUUCUGAAGAAAAUCAUUACAGACGAUCUUUUAUCUCUUUGGCCUGACUACAUCCUAAGUACCUCUCCUGGCAAAUGGAGAUCUGAGCUCCUGGCAUCUCUUCAGGCAUCUCCUACUCUCUGGGUCUGAGAUUGACAUCUUGCUUCUUCCUCCUAACCUGGCUCGCUCUCCCUCAUUUCCCACUAUUUUUUUUUUUAGUUGAGUAAUACAUGUAUCGAUGAUUUUCUUUUUUUUUUUGAGAAAUGUCAAAGUGGAAAUUUCAAAAAGGAAAGAUUACAGUGACAUCCAUAUACCCGUAGUUGUCAUUCUCUUUAGUUAAUGGAUUAGAGUCCUUCUCUUAUGUAUGUGUGAGGUGUGUGUGUACGUGUGUGUGUGUGUGUGUGUGUGUGCGUGCACGUAUGUGCGUCUUUCAUGACACUGACAUUAGUAAAGAGUUCUGGCUGGUUUGUUUGUAGAAUGUUUCACAAUCUGGCAUUUUUUUCUGAUUGUUUCCUCAUUAUUAGAUUCAGGUUAAACAUUUUUUAGCAAGAAUACUAUGUAAGUGAUGUGUUUCUUUCCUUUUGCAUCGUAUCAGGAAGCAUAUAAUGUCUAGUUGUCUCUUUUUAUGAUAAAUAUUAAGCUUGAUCAGUGGGUUGAGGUGUCGUCUGCCUGAUCCAUUCAUUAUAAAGUCCCAUAAUUCAUUAUAAAGAUCUGAAGUUCCGUAUGCAUACAUUUUAUAGAGUGUGAGACUGUACGUAUGUGCUUUCCUUUCCUAACAUUCACAAAGAGGUCCAGGAUCUCCAAAAGAUUACAGCCAUUGCAGUUAGAUGAUAUAGCAGUGACAGAGAAUUCAUCUUUUCCCAUUUAACAGAAGAGGACACAAAAAGUUUCCCUCUGCAGGUAAUGCAUGAGUAUGCUGACUAAUGAGAAUUUGUGCGGUCCCUGAAGCCAGAGUUAAGACAUAUAUAACUUUUUUUUCUCCCAUCCUCAGUGACCUCCCAUUCAGACCGAUGGUUUAUUUUAAAGAGCGUGCAUUUUCAUUGAUGGUGAUUGCCCAAGGGUGCAACAAUUGAUUUGGGUGGGGAGGAAAUCUUAUAUAUUACACUGGGUCAUGGCCUGACCAUAGUACAUAUACAGAUGUGAAGUAUAUAUGUCGUAUUAAAUUUCUGUAGGGAUAGGGAGAUGAUUAGGAAUCAAAUGUCUAAAAACGCUCUGUAGGAGGAUGAUAAUUUUAAAAAAUUGAGAAAUACCCAUCUGGAGUCAGUUUCUACUUCUGAGGUUUCUCAUUUUCUCUUCCUGGGGUGUUUGCUCAUUUCUGAGCGCCAGGAUGAAUGGAAGCAACUUCGAGAGAUUUCUUAAGCUAUUCCUUCUACCCUCCCAAACCACAUCAAUAAUAUUCCAGGUGAAAAACCAAUUCUCCUCUCAACGAUCUUCAGGCACAGAAAUUCUGCAGCAUCCUCUGGUAUAACCCACAGACCAGAUUCAAUCUGAAAUCCUUCCAUUCAACUUGAGUUAAACUAUUAUCUAUGCAUUUCAGCUCACCUUUUCUAGUAUCCCACAUUAAGACCCAAAGACUGUAUAAGUAAAAACAUACUAAAUGAGAGCUUUAUUUGCAUGGCCACUAAAUAUUUGAAGACUGUUACCAGUUGUCUUUCAGCCUUCCUCCAUUUAUCAUCUCCCAAUGGUGGAAUUCUCUUGGAAGUCUCGUUGCCCCACUGCUAACAUUGCUGUACUUGAGCCUGAAACCUUCCCAAAGCUCUCCAUGUCACUGUGCAUUAUGGAUGUACCUAGCAGUGAACAUUAAGAAAUUACUGCACGCUGUCUCCAAACUAUGUUGUGUCUUUGCUAACUCUUGACUUGAUUUUAUACACUUAUAAAUGUUCUUUUCUAUUGUAUUUGCCCGCACUAAAUCCUUAUCUAUAUUCUGUUCCGCCAUUUUGCUUUUCUUCUUUAGCUUCCUUCCUUCCUACCUUUAGCGUUCCCUGUAAGAUCACACUGAGUUAUUUUGUUUUAAUCCCCUCUUUAAUUGGCAAAGCAUUAGGGGACGUGGAUAGAAUUUCUCUUAUCUUUUUGUGGUGAUUAUGUCAUUCUGGUCAUUAAUGGAAGCACAUCACUUCCUAUGGUCUCUAACCUUACACCGCUUCCACACCCUAUGGGUAUCACACUGUGAGAACAAGAAAUAUCAUAGGAAAAGUACAGCCACCAAGGAAUGUGUACAAAGGCAAAAUCACUAAAAGGAAUCUGAUGUGUCACUUGGUUAAUACUGUUGUCCUUUGUGCUUUGAUCAUUUUCGUUCUUAAUGAAAUAGAUGAUUCUCUCCUAGAAUUAGUGAAACAAAGCGUGUUUUGGAACUAAUGGGGUUUUUUUCCCUGCUUUUAAAAAUAUAUCAACAAAAAAACUUAUAACACGUUGUUUCCCUCUGGGCAGUUAUUAAUUCUGGGUAAGCAGUUUUCAAUGAAUAAAUAAGGAUUUUUGUAACUUUUAGAGGGAAGAGUCCAUUUCUAAUCUGACAGUUAAGCUGUUUUACUAGCUUUUAAUGUUCUAAUUUCAAAGUUUUUCAGUAUCUUUUCUAAUUGCAUCAGAAAAAAGAUUUAGCAUAUUUUUAGUUCCAUUUGUGAUUAAAUUAAGGGUUUGGUUCUAAGAACAGACUAACAAUGAAAAACAAUUAAAAUGCAAGAUAAAACUAAAGGAUAUUUAUGAAAUCAGUUUUAUGUGAGCUUAGGAAUUCAAAUGUUACAAAUAAAAGACACAUA